AUGCUUUAUUUUAUCUUGGUUAUUGAGUGGACCAUCCUCAUUGGGACAUCUGGUUUCAAUCUUGAUUGCACACACGACUAUGUCACCACCAUGGCCUGCUCCUCUAAUGGCCAAAACUGCACAGGACUCAGAAUGACCCUCAAAUAUAAGAGCUGGAAGAAAACAUGCGCGUUUGAAACGUGCGUAAAGGGUUGUUGCUGCCAAAUUACUAACAUGUUUGGUAAUGAUAAUGUGCCGCUAUUAAUUGCUGGAAAUACAUUCUUGGCAAAUGUUUAUAAGGAUGGACAAAGUGUGCACUCUCAGAAUGUCAGCGUGUAUGAAACCAUUAAACCCAAUACUCCAACAAUAAUUUCUGUGAGCAAAUCCAAUGCAUUUUAUCAAAUCAAAUGGAGGUCAAAUAACGAAAGGGCAGUUCGAGAGGAACUUAGGGCCGUUUUGACUUACCAUAAAAAAGGAGAUAAGCUGAAGCAUCACAGUCCUGUAAGCCUAGGUACAAUUGAAGACAUGAGCCAUUUUGAACUUCCUGGUGAUUUGGAGCCCAGUACAACAUACGUGUUCAGUGUGAGGACCACACGAUUUAAUGUCUCUAGUGACAGCAGCGAAGAGGUGGAAUUCACAACAGAUCUGUCCCAAAACAGUGUCUUUCUUGCGGUGAUCAUAAGCCUGGGCGUUGUUGCAGUUAUUGUCAGUACUUUGUCUUUUUCAUGUUUCGUUCGUUUAAAGGGAAAGUUAUGGGACAAAGUUGUAAAAUUUGACGAGCCAAAACUGCUGGAUAUCAAACCAAAUAAGAAAGAGGUUUUGGAACCAGAGUCCUUAAACGUAGACUCUUUAAGCGUAGAACCGGUUGUUUCAAACAACAGCAUGAUGUGGUCUAAGGAGUCUCUGGCCGACAGCAGUGGAAGAUCAACACAGACCAGCGGCUUGAGCUCGGCCUGUUCCGUUGACUACGCCAACACAGAACCAGCAGAACCAGUGGACAGCGAAGCGUGCGUGCUGCAGCGUCUAAAAGAAAGCCUCCUAAUGUUCACUCCAACUACGAACUCGGUGCAAUCAGAAGAACCCAAACAACACACUGACAUCGCUCCGGCCUUCACCCCCUCUCUGGCUUUUGACAAUGGCAGUUAUGAGGCACUUCAAUCUCCAAACGCAAUCGUUGGGUGGCAGGAGAAUUGGGACUCCGGAAAGUUGGAGAGAAACAUGCAGCAUCACGGCCGUCUGAGGUUGAGAGCGUGGCUGGAAGAGCAGAUCCACUCAGGGAAGUACCCAGGGGUCAGAUGGCUUGACCAGGCAGCACAGAUAUUUCAGAUUCCUUGGAAGCAUGCAGCUCGACAAGGCUGGAGUAUAGACCGGGAUGCCACUCUCUUCAGGAGCUGGGCAAUACACACUGGUCGGUAUGAACCCGGGAACAAACCAGACCCAAAAACAUGGAAGGCAAAUUUUCGAUGUGCAUUAAAUUCCUUGUCUGAUAUCUUGGAGCUGAGAGAGCACAGUAAGAAAAAAGGAACCAAUGCAUACAGAGUCUAUCAGAUGAUGCCCAGUAAGAAAAAACUCAAGUGGAAGAAAGGUCUCAGAAAAAACAAUGACAGAUGUGCGUCACAGGCCUGGCAACCGGCUAAUAUCAAAUCUACUCCAGAUCCAACGCAAAAAGACAUCUUCAGCAGUUCUGCGUCACAUGUUGUGUCUACAGAGAUCAACGAUGAGCAGGAACAGAAGGAAGCUGUUAUUAAGUUAAUGGACAAUCUAAACAACAGCGACAGUUGGAGUCAGACAUGGGAACCCAAAACAUCCAGUGUACGUUCACUUGAGAACCACUGGCAUUGGUCUGCGGAGGACUUCCCACCACCGAUGGAAAGCUACAAUGACAUUUUCCCAAACUAUAUCAAAGAACUCAGUGACUGGUCUUUCAAUAAUCACACUGUGACAGAGUGA